GCAGCUACCCCGGACCAAGGUGAUCUAUCCAUGAUAAGCUGAAGGGCAGAUGUCCUCUUAAACCUGCCAAGCAGCCUGCCAAGAGGACCCUUUCUUCUCAGCGCUCCAUGUACCCGUUCUCUUCCGCACUUACCUUGUUAUACUACAACCAACCAAUAUGCGUGGACUCCUCACUACCGCAAUCGGCAUCUUAGCUGCCACCGCCACCGCCGCAGAUGCGAAUGUGACCUGUGCCACAGGUCUAUACAUCCUCUGUGCCCGAGGUUCAGGCGAAACGCAACCCGUCAAUACGGGGUCACCCGGUCUUAUUGCCCAAGAGGUCGCAAAGCAGGUCAAGGGCUCCGUCAUCGCCGGCGUCAUCUACCCAGCUACGGACCCGACGGACCCGACAGCUCCGGGGGGCGUGAACUUGACUGUUUACUAUCCCUCCGAGAACACCGGUGUCAAGGCCAUCAUGGAGGAGGUGAAGCAGUACCACUCGUCAUGCCCGGAUUCGAAGAUCGCCCUCAUUGGCUACUCUCAGGGUGCUCAAGUAGUCCAGGAUGCCCUCUGUGGCGGUAUUGGCGGCCCCUUCAACAGUGACGCACCACUCUCCACAGAUCUAGUCAAGAAGAACGUUGUUGCGAUCGCCCUUAUGGGUGACCCAACCCACCUCGCCAACGAGCCGAUCGAUCGCGGCACAAGCAGUCACGAUGGUGCCUUCCCCCGCCCGAACAUCACCGUGUGCAAACAAUACGACGACAUCACGGCAUCCUGGUGUGACAAGGGAGAUCCCUUCUGCGACCAGGGCGACAACAUCACGGUACACGAGUCCUACUUUCCAAAGUACGGCACCGAAAUCGCUCAGUUUGUCAUCGAUAAGUGGAAGAACUCGACGUCACAGAGUGAUUCCGUGUCGACCGCGACCGGGACUGCGGGAUCCUCUCCCACGGGGACGUCGGCAGGGUCACCAACGGGUUCGCCGUCGGGCCUGGGCAAGAACCUGAUUCUGGGCGGGGUGAUGUUGCUCGCUGUGUGGUUAUUUUAGCUGGAAAUGAUAUGGCGAUGGGGAAUGCCAGUAAAUUUGACCGUUGUUCUAAUGUAACUUUGUGUUCUGCAGUGUGGCGAGUGGUCCUUUAGGGAGAAUUUAUACGGGCU